AUAGGAAAACCCCGGCGAUUACAUUGUGGUGAGUCUUGCGGUAUCUGUGUCUGUGGAGUAUAUAAGAAAAGUCUAAUUUUCGUGAAGCAACAAAUCUCCAGCCAGCCACCAGACAGGACAAGAAAGCGUUCAUUCAUCAUGAAGAUUUGUUUGUGGCUCACCCUGCUAUCUGUCGUCACCGUAGCCUAUGGCGCAACACUAGUGCCUCAGGUGGGCUUGGGUAAGCCUGUUCUUCCUAAAGAAGCUGAAGCAGAUGCACUUGAGAAAGCAGGGAAGGCCUUGGAGACAGUGGGACGGCUCCUUCAGGGCGAAAAUGUCCCCUUAAGCGCGGAAGUGAAAGAACAUUUGCUCAACGCUCUUCGGGUUGCAUCUAACAAUGGCGAAGUCUCGAGUGAGGAUGACUCUGAGUACUUCCUGCCAAUCAUCAUUCGUGGUGUUAUUCAAGGUGCCAUUGCCCACGCUGUCCACAAGAAGUUGAACAAGGGCUGAUGACACUGCCAGUAAAUAACUACAACGCAUUCACUACAAUGUGUUAAAAAACACUACCAGGAAUUACGCAACGAGUUACUGGUUCAUCAUCUCUAAAGAGCGACAUAUGGCAUAAAAUAAAGCUUUGUUAGUGACGUGAC